AAUGGGGCAGAGCCAAGAUGGCGGCGAGCGCGGGCCCCUCGCUCUUCGAGUGCCCCAGCUGGGCAGGAAAACCACCACCUGGCUUACACCUGGAUGUAGUCAAAGGAGACAAACUCAUAGAGAAACUCAUCAUUGAUGAGAAGAAAUACUAUCUCUUUGGGAGAAAUCCCGAUCUGUGCGAUUUUACCAUCGACCACCAGUCUUGCUCUCGGGUCCAUGCUGCCUUGGUCUAUCACAAACACCUCAAGAGGGUUUUCCUCAUAGAUCUAAACAGCACACAUGGCACAUUCUUGGGUCAUAUCCGUUUGGAACCUCACAAACCCCAGCAGAUACCCAUCGAUUCCACGGUUUCAUUUGGCGCUUCUACACGGGCUUACACUCUGCGGGAGAAGCCCCAGACCCUGCCAUCAGCAGUGAAAGGGGAUGAGAAAAUGAGUGGUGAAGAUGAGGAACUCAAGGGCUUGCUAGGCCUACCCGAGGAGGAGACAGAACUUGAUAACCUGACAGAGUUUAAUACAGCCCACAACAAAAGAAUUUCCACACUAACCAUUGAGGAAGGGAACUUGGAUAUUCAGAGGUCGAAAAGAAAACGGAAGAACUCCAGAGUGACAUUCAGUGAUGAUGAUGAGAUCAUCAAUCCAGAGGAUGUGGACCCUUCUGUUGGGCGGUUCAGGAACAUGGUACAGACAGCAGUAGUCCCUGUUAAGAAAAAACGGUUGGAGAACCCGGGCUCGUUGACCACGGAUGAUUCUGCAUCACGACGUAUGCAAAACUUUCCCUACAGUGGGGGAUUAUAUGGUGGGUUACCCCCGACGCACAAUGAGGCGGGUUCCCAGUCGCACGGCGUCCAUGGGACAGCGCUCAUUGGUGGUCUGCCCAUGCCCUACCCCAAUCUUGCCCCAGAUGUGGACUUGGCUCCUGUUGUGCCCUCAACAGUUAACAUGAACCCAGCUCCAAACCCUGCUGUCUUUAAUCCUGAAGCUGUGAAUGAACCCAAGAAGAAGAAAUACGCGAAGGAGGCGUGGCCGGGCAAGAAGCCGACCCCUUCCCUGCUGAUCUGAGUUUUGUUGGAGGAGGAUGGGAGUUAAGAACUUCAGAACUGUUCAUGUGCAGUAUUGUCUUUUUAAAAUUUCAGUGUCCUAACCAGAUAUAAUACCAAGACUGGAGAAGUGAAGUAUCCUUUAAAGAUCUGUCUUCAAAUGUUUUUAUAUGUCUGUUAAAAAAGUAAAAAUACAGCUCCCAUCUCCUUUUAAACCAAAAUAUCUGGCAGCCUUUUCUUAGCCAUUACUGUCCCCAAUGGUCUUUCCUCUAAAUUUUGAUCAAUACCUUGAAGGGGCAGAAUCAGACAGUUAUAAUUUAUGGCAUGACCCUGCAAAUUUGUGUAUCUAGGUGUCGUGCUUACUAUGAGUAAUAUUGUUCCUGCUGGACUUGCUCAUAGCAGGUCAGCUGUAUCAGAAGUAGGUGUUUGUGGGGCCAAGCCUUUCAGUUCUGAAAGUAUCAAAAUGUAGGUCAGCUUUUAUUUUUUUACAUUUUCAAAAUCCCACCAAUGUGGGGCAUUAUCUUUUUUGUUGUUGUUGUUGUUUUUCUUGGCUACAGCUUGUUUUAAUUUCCACCUAAAACACUACAGCAUCCCCACUAGCUCGUGAGAAUGAGGAGCUGAGGUGGACAAGACACAGGUGGGCUUCCUUAGCUGCACCCCAGGGCAGUGGGGUGGGGUGCUGGGUGGGUGGGCAAAGGGCUCCACACGUGGAUGGGUCUGAGCGUGUGUUGGUGCUAAUGGCCUGGAGGUGUCAAGGAGCCUCUGGCUGGUGGGUACCCACUAUCUGCACUCUCCAAGCAGCAGACAACACACUAGUGUUGUCUCUCUCCCUGUGAUAACUUAAGGUGGAGUUAACACAGAGGAGAACAGUUUAUUUUCAACUUGGUGGCCGUUUGAACUCAAAUAGUUCCAUUUUUAUUUGCAAAAUGGAACUUGUGAGCUUAGAGUAUCUGUGGGAUAAUGCAAGAAGACACCAUAUAGAUGAGCAGCUGUCAGCAGUGUCAGGGGACUUGAGUGUUUAAUGACCAGAACCACAGUCUGCACACUAUUUUGGCUGCUUUUAACAGUGGGUGAGAAUUGAGUGCUACUUAAAGCUGGAAUAUGAAUUAUCAGUAGAGAAUCUGCCUCGCCUUGAAUAAAGCAGUGCACAAGUUGAUUUCAUAAUAUUACAUUUUUUACUAUUUUGUCACUUUUUCCCACUGAAUAAAAUGAUAAGCUUGAUUUGGAUUGUUGCUCUAGCCCCUCAGAUCCUCAGUUUUAGAUUCCAAAAUCUGAUUCACAUGUAUUCAGACACUGUGUCUUUGUACUAGGUAAGACCAGAGCUCUGCUUUUCUUAGGUUUACUCUGAAUUUUUUUACAUUCUAUAAUGCAGUUCAGCUACACAAUCACAUUCCUUUGUGGGUUGGUGGAUUUCUCCAGGAAGUGAGCACUGAAGGAACAGUAGUAUGUGUGUGCAGUACUCCAGCUACCUUGCCAACUAGGGCUGUGAGAACCUGGUGGCUGCUGGAGCAGAGCUGUGUUACAGUAUGUACAGGGUACCCUGUGCACUAGACUUUGGACAGGGGCUCCAAAAUCAGUGUGAGUGCCACAUCUGUAGAGUGGUUGCUUCUAUCAUGUUAGGAGGUAAAAAUGAGCUAGUAGCUACCCCAUUCACAAGAGCAGUGGCUUUAGAAAUUGGUUUCUUCCCCUCUGCACCAUCCUGUCUAGCUCAAACAUGAAUACAGCACCUUCUCCAUCGUAUGGUUGUGCUGCUCUGUGUUUGGUUGCUCUUGAAUUUGAUUCAGUCCUCAGUCUGCUUCCAAACACUCCAUGCUGACUCAAAAUCUUUUUCCCUUUAUUUUUACUUUUGCUUCUUUCUGGUAUAUAGAAUUUUGGGUUUGCAGCCAGUCUGCUUUAUGAAGGCAACUCUUUAGGGUAAAAACUAGGUAGGGCAAGUAAAAGUUGGGCAGAUUUUCCUUUUUUAUCCAUUUUGGUUUUCUUUUGGGGGGGGUUGGGGGGGCUGUUUGUUUUGGUUUUUUGCAAGUGGCUCUUUGCAAGAUUUUUCUUGAAAAGGGAAGCUUUACUGCUCAUUGUUUUUUAAAGCUCUUCUCCCCCCUGGGUUUGAAAAAGCUCUCAUUAUUUUAGAGCUUAGGCACCAUAGCUGGCCGGUACAGGAGGGGACAGUGUCACAUCCAGGGGCUUUGUACAAAGUUUGUACACUUGUGUAAUAUGUAAUAGGCCUUUUCACACUUUCUGUUGAGCUUUUUACCUGUAACCUUUACUAUGUUGUAAAUUAAAUGCAGAUUUUGCCA